UCGUUAUCCAAUAAGACUCUACCUCUAACAGAUUAACUUCUGCAAGAGAUUUUAGUGAAAGCUUACUUGUGCUCUGUCCUGCAAAAUUUGAGUGAGGCAGGAAAUAGCCCAUGGAAAAUCUACCCAACUCAAUUUUGGAAUGUCAGGCUGAAAAGGAGAAAGUCAAGUAGGAUAGGAAUCAAGCACACGAAAAGUUGUCUGCCACAACAUUGGAAAAGAGAAAUCUUGCUGUUAGUACAUUGAAGAGUAUGCAGCAAUGGAAAAUUGUACAUUUACAGGAGUUGUCUAAUCAAAUUCAACCAGGAGUGAUUCCAUUAUAUGCAACAAACUAUACCACACACAUUCAUGGUAGACUUUAAUUUAACCAAAGGAGAACCUUCCCAGCAGUCAGAAGCAUCAACAAGUCAAGCUCCCAAUUUACAGGUGGACUCCAGUCGGAACCGCAGGACCUCUGUUGCUUCUGGAACUUCCCAGUCAAGUUACCGAAGUCCAAAAGAUGCUCUACGUCAUCGCAUAUUGCACUUGUCUGAAUUGCUGCGGGUGGAGAAGGCCAAUCGUGAUGAGAACCUCUCCACUUAUGUGGAACUGGUAAGCAAAGCUGAUCGGGAAAAGGCACCUUCCAUCCGUCAAGCAUUUGAACGUAUCAACCAACGCUCCUCGGCUAAUAUUGCUCACCUUGAACAGCGUCUGCAGGAUUGCUUAGCCCAACUGAAGAGAUUAGAGCAGAAAAAUUUCUCACCUGGAGAGAGCAGUUCCUCUCCCCCGCCCCAAACUCUCAAGGUCAAUGUGGCCCAUCAAGGGCCAUAUAACAUAUUCAGGUUCCGCCCUACAGAAGCUCCUCUAAUAGAAGAAUGCUCCAUCCCAGAGAGCACAGAAAAUGAGUCUAUCACAGAGGCAGCCCCAAAACAGUAUCUUGAAGAGGAGGCAAAACAGAAGCUUCAAGAGCUGAAGAGCCAGAUCAUGGAGCUAAAGGAAUAUCACAAAGCCCUGGACAAUCAGAGGAACAUGUUAGACGAAGCUUGGAAAGCUGAUAAAAAGCAAAUUAUGGAACUCCUACAGGAGGAAAAGAAAAGGCACUAUAACCUGGAAAUACAAGUGAAUGAUGCGGUACAGCUAAAUCUCAACGAAAUCACCAACCUCAAACAUGAUCUGGCCUGCACUGAGGAGAAGAUGGUGUAUCAAUCUUAUGAGAGGUCCCGGGAUGUGUGGGAGGUGCUGGAUUCCUACCAGACCCGGCUUGCCAAACUGGAACAGCAGCAGCAAGCCCAACAACAGGAGGCAAUGGAGAUGCCACAGGCCAGUAUGUAUAAGCUUUAUGGACAGCUCAUGAACCUCCUAUUGACCAUUGCUGCCAUUAUCCUGGUGUUUUUUUCAACCAUUUCAGCUUUUAUAGUUCCUCUUCUGCAUACUCGUAUGCGGGCCCUGUCCACUCUCUUUGUGAUCACCACCAUAACUCUUGCAUGGAAUUACUUCCCUGACCUUACUGAGUCAGAAUGGAAAACAUGGCUUCCUUCGUUUUGACAGUCAGACAACAUUGGCAUUGCUAUUUCUGCACCUAUGCUGCAGCUUCUCAACAAUAUAACUAUUUAUUUGUUUAUUAAAAUAAAAAAGUAGUCUCUCUUUCU